ACUUUGAAAGGUGAGAAUCUGGGAAAGAAGUUUUGAUAAUUAAUCAGACUGUGCCCUACUGCCCUACAUAAGUGCUGACCCAAAAGUCUGCCAUGCACUGCUUCAUAGGCUAGAGCCACCCAAUGUUAUCAACCCUUCAUUCUGCCCCCAAAAUCAUCUCUUUUAAACUUCCCAAACCCUAAAAUCUCCCCAUUCAUUUAUCUCUUUAGACAACUUCAACCCCUUCUCUCUCUCUCUCUCUCAUCAUCGUCAUCAGCCAUGAAGAAGCUCUACAGGAAGAACACAGUUCAUCCAUCUCCACCAUUGGUUUCAGACAAGCUAGCUUUCUUGCCAGCAGCAAUCUUGGCCAUCACUGCUGCUCUAUCUCCAGAAGACCAGGAAGCUUUGGCUUAUCUUAUCUCUUGCCCUUCUGGGAAUUUCUCUGCCACUAGGAAAACCACCACCACCUCUUCCUCCUCCUUCUCAGGCCACCCUCCUUCCUUCAACUGCUACUGCUUCAACUGCUACAUGAGCUUCUGGGUGAGGUGGGAUUCCUCCCCCAACCGGCAGCUCAUUCACCAAGUCAUAGAUGCCUAUGAAGAUGGGCUGCAGAGCAAGAAAGAGAAGAGCAGGAGAGAAAGAAGGAAGGCUAAUAAAGAUUCUGGGAGUGAGUUGAAGAAGCCUGAGGUGGGUCUGAAUGAGGAUGAUGAAUCCGGUGAGUUGGUCCCGGGGGAGGAGAAUCAGGAGAGCCCUAUUAGCACCACCCGAGGCGAAGAAGAAGAUGGUUAUGGUGAGGAGAGAGGUGCUGUUAGGAGAUUUGUUAGCUUUCUUGGAGAAAGAAUUUGGGGUGUUUGGGCCUGAAGAAAGUCUCUUCAAAGUUCAAAGCUUUAUUCUGUUUUCUCUCUUAGUGCCAUGGUGAUCUCCUUCUUCUUCUCCUCCCCCCUUCUUCUUUUUUUAGGGUGUCUGUAAAAUACCCUUUCACCCAGUGUAAAAUAUACCCUGUUUUGUUUUGAAUGAUCACCAUUUUAGUACUUUCAUGAUUUCA